UGGAAUCUUUCAGCAUCCUUCCUCUGAUUGGCUCUUGCAAUACUGCCUGCCCUUUGAUGUCUUUCUUUCAAGAGAAAACAGGGCGGGGCUGAUUUCACCCCUCUACUUCCAAGAACAGAAAGCAGUGCUGAGACUCAAUUAUGAAAACUACCAGAAGAAGCAUUGAUAGCAAGGCAGUGCCGGAACCAAAGCCCGUAGUCCGCAAAUGGGAGGUGACAAAUUCGCUUCUCCGAACAGUGCUGGUCACCAGCUUGGGAUCUAUCCAAUAUGGUUACAUCCUCUGGGUAGUCUAUUCCCCAGUGUUGCUCCUGGAAGACAUGGGUAACACUGCGAAGAAUCCAGGAGAGCAGCAGUAUCUGCUCUUCAUGCUAGGCCUUGCCAUCAGUUUGUUCCCUAUUGGAGGCCUUACUGGAGCACUCAUCGCAGGAGUCAUGGUGGAUGAAUAUGGAAGGAAAGGCGCCUUGCUGAUCAAUUGCUUCUGCUCCAUGGUGUCCUCUAUGUUUAUGGUUUGCGCCACUGUGGUGCAAGCCUUCCUGUUCACGAUGCUUUCACGCUUCAUCGUUGGAAUAACCAUAGGCAUCUUCUCCAUCGUGGUCCCAUUGUACCUCAUAGAGAUCUCCCCACUGAACAUGAGGGGAGCCAUUGGCAUGCUGCCUCACUUCUUUCUAGCUGUAGGCGUCCUCCUGGCUCAGUUACUCUCUUUUCCUGAAAUGCUGGGGAACGAAGAAGAUUGGCCAAUACUGACAAGUGUCCCUGGAAUACUGGCAUUAUUUCAGACCAUUGUCGUUCCUUCCUUCCCCGAAAGCCCCAGGUAUCUACUGAUUCAGAAAAAUGAUGAAGAAAAGGCCAUGCUAGCCUUGCAGAAGCUGAGGCACAAUGAGGACGUGCAGGGGGAGAUAGAAGAACUGCAGCAAGAGAAGAUGGCUGAGAAGACGGAGAAGAGCAUGAACUCACUUAAGCUGCUGUGCUUCCCAAGCCUGCGGUGGCAAGUCCUCUCAGUCAUUAUCUUGAUGUGUGGCCAACAGCUCUCUGGAGUCAAUGCAGUAUACUUUUAUACAGAGAGAAUCUACCUGUCUACAGGAACUGACCUAAAUAAUGUCCCAUACAUCCGUGUAGCGUCAAGCGUUGCCAUCAUCAUUGCAGUCUUUGUUGGGGUAUUUUACAUCGACUCAGUGGGGCGAAAGUUCCUGCUGCUCCUUGGUUUCGGCAUGUGCACCAUCCUCUGCAUCGUAUUAACCAUGAACCUUGAACUUCAGGGAGAUGCCUUGUGGAUGUCUUACAUCAAUGCGUUUCUCAUCAAUAUUUUCCUCAUGGGACAUGCUGUCGGACCUAGUGCUCUUCCGAACCUGAUAAUAGCAGAGAUUUUCCUUCAGUCCUCGCGGUCCUCAGCCUAUGUGGUCGGGGGAUUUGUGCAUUGGUUCCUAAACUUCUUCAGCAUUGUGACCUUCCUCAAUAUACAGAAAUACAUCGGAUUCUUCAGCUUCCUCAUCUGCUGUCCGAUAUGUGCUGCCACCUUCAUUUUCAUCUUAAAGAUGAUCCCAGAAACCACGCACCAGACUUUUCUGGAAAUCAGGAAGCAACUGCCCAUCUACGUGGCCCAAAGGCAGAUCACCAAGAUGGAGCGAAUGCCGAGGAGAAACACCAGGCGGGCGUUGGGGGAGGGGCAAAACCCCGUGUAGAAUUUGAUUAUAAACAUUUAUAAUUGA